AUGAACUGGGUUCAACGCAAAAUCUACCUUUACAAUGUCACGUUCGGGCUUUACAUGCUUGAUUGGUGGGAACGAUACCUCUUCAAUGCUUUGGUGGCUGUCUUGAUGUGGUUCGUUAUGUACAAUGGUACACGCUACUUCUCAGAGCUCUUCAAAAGUUUGAUGCUGCAAAUAUGCUUUGUGGACUCUGGAACAAGAUCCACCAUGGUUUCUCAUAAUCUUGCAGAACAAAAGGAUAAGUCCACCAUUUCCAUAGACAGGCCUGUCCAUAGAUAA